UGCUGCGGAAAAUGGCCAGAAAAAACACAUGCAGCUGGACAGGAUGGUCGCUGGGUCUCUGCCUGAUCGGGCUGUGGCGAGUGCAGCAAACGCAAGUGGAAGCGGUGGCAAGCAUCGAUCGCAUACAGAAACACAAUCUGCAGCUGCUGGCAGAGCAACUGAAUCUCGGCUGGCGUGCUUUCUGUGAUGCGCCCGUUGAUGAGGGCGUCAUGUCACUCUUCGAGGGCAUCAAUCCCAGCGAUGCCCGUCUGCACGUGAUGACCAUCACCAAUCAGAGUGUCCAGCUGCCCAUCAAGUCUAUACCAGAGCUGCGUGACUUCGACAUCAAGCCGGAACGCAAGACUUUGAUCUAUGUGAAUGCCUUCCACACGGCCGAUAGUUAUUUCAGUGUGCAGGAGCACCUGGCACUGUUGCAGACAACGCGUCGGGAUCUGAAUGUGAUUGUGGUGGACUUUGCCACACAUGUGGCACAGUUAUACUACACGGUGCGUCAUCAUCUCUCUGUGCAUGGCUACUUCAUUUACAAGCUGUUGAGCGCCUUGACGGAGGCGGGCAUUGCGCCGGAGGAUAUCACCAUAGCUGGACACUCGGUGGGCGCCAAUAUUGCCGCCUUGGGCGCUGAUCUGUUUGCCAAGAGCAGCAAACGGCUGGUGGGUCAAUUGAUUGCCAUCGAUCCUGCCACCAUGUGCCGCACUACCGACAUUCUUGUGCGACAAACGGUCGCCGGACGGGUUGUGGUGCUGCACGGCGAGGGGGAUGUGUUUGGUGUGCGUCUGCCACUUGGUCAUGUGGAUAUAUAUCCGAAUGGCAUUGGCUACUUUCCGCGCAAGAAACUGCAGCCGGGCUGCGACAGCAGGAUCUGCAGUCACAUGUAUCCAUUUGUACUCUUUAUGGAGGCGCUCAUCGAGGGCGUCAUGAUUCCGGCCACCAAAUGCGAUAACUGGGCCAAGUUCCGGCAGGGCGUUUGCAGCUUCGAGAACACUAUUAACAUUGGACUGAAAUAUCCCAGCAAUGCGAAGGGUCUCUAUUUCUGUAUGACUCAACCGAAUCCACCUUUCACCUACAUGGAGCACGGCUUGAGAUAUCAGGCAAGGCGGCCGGAAAAACAAAAUACGCCCAAAGCUUAGCAUCGCUUUAUUAUUAAUUAUAUAACUUAAAUAUCAUCUUGUUUUUACAUGCAUAGUAUUAUUAUAUGCCAUAUCUAUUUACUGAGUUGUUUCAUAUCCAUUAGGAUAAAA